UAACUACUCCGUACAGUGCAGUGCGGAGCAUGAAUAAGUUUUAGUCCCCCCCUGCCCGCCGAGAUCAUACUAACUACAUAACGUUAAUAUCCCAACUAUAUAGCCCGUGUGGGUGGGUCACAUGGGAUAGGGCUUGGGUAGUAACCUCCGACACAUAACGUACGUCACCAACACCAUUCAACCGGAGUCCUCGGAGUUCGAGCUACGAGUUCUACAAGAUGCUAAUACACGGCAUCAUCCCUUCGGUCCCGUAAACCGGGGGGGGGAUGAGAGCAGAACCCCAUAGAACAACCUAGUGACAAGCUGAAGGAGUUAAGGAGUUAAGUGAAUUAACGUUAAACCCAAACAUGGCCGUAUAUCGAUGGAAUGUUGUUGUUCGGACUUGGAAGGCCUCCGAAAGAUCCUCGCCAUCUACAUCAGGUUUGGGAUCCGGCUCCGAUGAGGACCCUCUAUAUAAAGUAGCAAUGCGCAUCAUCACAAAACUUGAAUAGUAUCCAACAAUCAAUAAAGUCUCCCUCUUUAGCAACCAAAUAAAACCCUUUGCAACCCCGCACAGAAUAUACUUCAACAAUCAAAAUGGCCCCAAAAAUCCUCAUCGUCCUCACAUCGCAGGAUAAAAUUCCCGCCACUGGUAAACCUACCGGUUGGUACUUGCCCGAAUUGGCCCAUCCCUACGACAUCCUCAAGGGUAAAGCUGAGCUUGUCUUCGCCUCGCCAAAGGGAGGGCUUGCUCCACUAGACCCUGGCUCAGUUGAGGCCUUCGCCAACGAUGCCGUAGCUGCCGCCUUUGUGAAGGAGAAGGAGCCUAUCUGGCGCAACACCGUGAAGCUCUCUGAAGUCAAAGCCAGUGAUUUCGACGCCAUCUUCUACGUUGGUGGCCACGGACCCCUAUUUGAUCUAUACGAAGACCCGGACUCCCUCCGUCUCAUUAAGGAAUUCGCUGAAUCGAAGAAAAUCGUAUCCGCCGUGUGCCAUGCCCCUGCCGUCUUCCUAAAAGCAACCGCCGGCGGGAAGCCUAUCGUUGCGGACGCGCAGGUGACUGGGUUUUCGAACGCGGAGGAGGAUCAAAUCAAGAUGUCACAACACCUGCCAUAUCUACUUGAAACCGAGCUGAAGAAGCUGAAUGGGAAAUAUGUCAAGGCUGACGAACCUUGGGGAGAAAAAGUUGUUGUGGACAAGGUGGAAGCCACUGGUGCUCCUCUAAUCACUGGACAGAACCCCGCUAGUGCAGGUGGCGUGGGGAAGGAGAUUCUUAAGGCUCUGGGGUUGUAAAAUGUUUUGCUCAGUGGUGGUGGUUAAAUGACUUUUUAUGCUUUUCGUUUCAUUGAUUCAUAAAUAUAAAAUAAUAAAUAAUACGUAAUAUAUUUGUAACAACUGGGAGUUCAAUUUGUGUUAGAAGUUCUCCAGAGCCAUAAAAUCCCCAAAAAGGGGGUCAAUUAGAGCUACAUACAUACAAAUUGCAGCCGCUAUCUGAAUCAAGGCGCCUACUAGUAGGCAUAUGCUCUGCACAUUACUAACAUGAGAAAUAUCAAGAAUUCUGACGUCUCUUUGAAAGGCCGCCAUGUCAAAUCGAG